UUCUCGCCCAAAAAUGUCGAACUCAGUUGCUCAGCAAAUCUCCCUGAUUCGCUCUCACAUCUUCACGAGAAGGUUCGACGCCGCCACACUUCUAAUAGUCGAAUCAGUAAUGGUUUCCAAAGACGUAAUGGAGUUCCGAUCGAGCUUGCGGGAGUUCUUCAGGUCUGAAUCCAUGUCUAUCAUGCGCGAGAAUGCGGAGAAACCUCUUGAGAAGAAGCUUCUGGAUCUCGAGUUUCUUGUCCAGUCUUUCGCUCUUUUAGGCGAUGUUGAAAGUUGCUUGGCUUUGAGAUACGAGGCCUUGCUUUUGAGGGAAUUCAAGUCCUCCAGUCACCAAUGGCUAGAAGUUUCAUAUACUGAAUGGUUAAACUUUGCUGAGCAAUCACUAGACUAUGGCUUUCAUUCCAUUGCAAGAAAGGCAUGUGAAAAUGCACUCCUAUGCUUCCAAAAGAAUUCUAGAACAGAUGGCAAAACAGUUGAGUGCUUCGAGAGUUUGGAAGUUAUUGAAAAGCUAAAGCAACUCAAGGAUUGUGCCACAACAUUAGCCGCUUCACAUUCUGUUCAGGCGCAGGCAGCAAAGUACACUAAGAGUAAACAGAUAAAAAGAAGUAAAGCGUGUUCUACUAUUGGUGAACGGACACAGUCCAUAGCAAGCACUUUGUUUAGGAAUGGAAUCAGGAAGCGAAACCUGCGGCGUUUGCAAGAAAGCCAAAGCUUGCUAGGCAAGACUGAUGAACGAAAUACCACCGAGAUUUGAUGACACCGCCUUCUUUAUUAAACAAGAUUACCUGGCUUGAUAGUUGAUAUAGUUUCAGGCUAUCUUUCAAUGCAAUCAUUUUGCUGGAAGGGAUCAGAUCCAACAGAACAUUGAUGGCUACGGCACUGGAAAAAACUGUUAAAAGGGUACAACUUGCACCCUAGACACCGGUAUGCAAACACGUUCAUCUCAGAAAUAAACUCAUUGCAUUAGGUUAGUGGCUAGUCCCGAUCUGAUAUUAAAAGCCUAAAAGCUACCAUCUUUACAAAGGAGAAACCCAAGUAUCAUUCUCCAUUUCAUUUGAUGUAAAUACAUUUAGCCAGUUUUAAAUAACCUCGGUGGCUCUUAAUAAACUGGAUGGAAUACCUCAUAGAGAAAGAAGGAUCAAGAUCGGAGUAAACAUCAACCAAAACAUUUAGUGGCUUUUCAUGUGUAGAAUGUAUGCGUCUAUGUACAAAAGUAAUCAAAAUUGGAAAGCCUAAUUGUCUGAAUUGAGUGUUAUUGCAGAUCGUGGGCUGGCCCAAUGGUCUCGAUAGUAAUGGGAUACGCUAUGCUGGAUUCCCUAAUUAUGACAUAUGAAUACUUAGCAGUGAUGGUGA